AUGGUGACCAAUUCAGUCCACUUCGUAUCCACCGUCAGCAAUGAGACGAUCUUAGACAACGAGAUCAUGGUAUCCUUCGACGUAGAAUCGCUGUUUACCAACUUUCCUAUCGACGACACUGUACAAGCCGGACUGCAGAAACUCGAGAACGACCCAGGCCUUGCAGACCGCACCACGCUAACGCCUGCACAGAUCGCUGACCUUUUGACCUUCGUAUUGAGAUUCACAUACUUUCAGUAUAACGGAUCGAUUUACGAGCAAAAAGACGGCGCCGCCAUGGGGAGUCCGGUUUCCGCUGUCAUUGCCAAUCUCUACAUGGAGAAUUUCGAAGAACAGGCGAUAACUACAUCAUCCUACGAGCCUAGGAUCUGGAAACGUUACGUGGACGAAACCUUUACAAUCUUGGAUCGCGAAAACGUAGACGACCUCCUACUGCAUUUAAACAACCAGCAACCUUCCAUCCGCUUCACCGUGGAGACAGAGAAAGACAACGAACUCUACCUAUACAUCGCAGUUUUAAAAGAACCCGACGGCCGCCUCUCCACCAGCGUAUACAGGAAGCUCACGCACCCCUCAAUCAGUAAAACGCGAAACUUACCAAGACUGGAAAACCAAAUAACAGUGCCGAACCCGCCAACGAGUUAA